ACUCAACUCCCUUACUGGUCUUUCUUUUGUAGUAGAAAAGUCAAGAAAUUGAUGGGGUGUUUGAAAUGCAGGGACAUCAUGGAAGAAUACUCAAAAGAAAUCAAGAACCUAUCAGUGAUCAUCGUAUGUCAAUUGGCCAAGGCUUUAAGGAUGAAUGAAAAAGAAAUGCGAGAUCUAUUCAGUGAUGGUAUGCAGUCAAUGAGGAUGAAUUAUUAUCCGCCUUGUCCUGAGCCAGACAGGGCAAUUGGCUUAAGCCCUCAUUCUGAUGCGGAUGCCCUCACCAUCCUCUUCCAGCUCAAUGAAACUGAAGGUCUCCAAGUCCGAAAAGACGAUAUUUGGGUGCCUAUAAAUCCCCUCCCAAAUGCUUUGAUUGUCAAUAUUGGCGAUAUGAUGGAGAUAGUGAGCAAUGGUGUCUAUAGGAGCAUUGAGCAUAGAGCAAUUGUAAACUCAAAUGAAGAACGACUCUCUGUUGCGACAUUCUAUAACAUCAACCUUGAGUCCGAGUUAGGACCUGCACACAGCCUCAUUGGACCACAUAAUCCUCCCAUUUUCCGAAGAGUUUCCGUGCAAAAAUAUUUACAAGGCUUUUUUGCACGAAAACUUGACGGAAAAUCGUAUCUUGAUUUCAUGAAGGUCGAGGCGAGGGAUGCUGAAUCAUAGGUAGCAUUUGAUAUAUGUCUGUCUUGUUGUUGUAAUUUGGAGUUCCCCUGUUUUCUAUUUGUUAGCUGUAUUGACGUGAAGCAAAUAUUAAUAUGUGGGUUACUUUAGACACAAUAUUUUUGGGUUGCACCUCUUGCCCUGGGAAAUUUUCAUGAAUUAUUUUAGGGAAAAAUACACAAACUA